UGCAGUUGAAAACGUGCGAACAUUUAUUUGGCCAGCUUUACAUCAUCCUCAAAGGCAGUCAACUUAAUAAGUUUAAUUUGAUGGAUAUCUCUAAGUAAAAGCAUGCAAAAUGUAUUCGGUAUUCUUCACGCAUAUCCUACUGAUUGUACUGCCAGUUCUGGCAGAUAGAAAUCAGUUUAUGGUGGGUAGCAUCUUUACAUCGGACAAAGAUGAAUCGGAAAUCGCAUUCCGAACUGCUGUGGACCGAGCAAACAUUUUAGAGCGGAAUAUAGAACUUGUUCCAAUUGUGAUGUAUGCCAACACGGAUGAUAGUUUUAUCAUGGAAAAAAUGGUUUGCAAUUUGAUUUCCCAAGGAGUAAUUGCCAUCUUCGGGCCCAGUACAGGAAGCAGUUCUGACAUAAUUGCCUCAAUAUGUGACACACUAGAUAUACCGCACAUAAUAUACGACUGGAUCCCAAAUGAAUCUAUACCAGAUCGAGAGCACUCAACAAUGACCCUGAAUGUUCAUCCAGAUAACCUUUUGCUAUCCCAGGGACUGGCUGAGAUUGUGCAGAGUUUUGGCUGGCGAAGCUUUACUGUAGUCUAUGAGACGGACAGAGAGCUGCAGCAACUUCAGGAUAUUUUGCAAAUCGGUGAACCGAGCAGCAACCCAACUACAGUGAAACAACUGGGGCCGGAUGACGACCAUAGGCCUUUCCUAAAGGAGAUUAAACUCUCCACUGACAACUGUUUGAUCCUGCACUGUGCUCCAGAUAACCUGUUGAAAAUAUUGGAACAAGCAAAUGAGCUAAAAAUGUUAGGCGAAUAUCAGAGCGUAUUUAUACCUCUUCUGGAUACUCAUUCCAUCGAGUUUGGAGACCUUUCUGGGGUCGAAGCCAACAUAACAACGGUGCGUCUAAUGGAUCCAACCGAUUUCCACGUCAAAAACGUAGUCCACGACUGGGAGGAGCGCGAAAAACGUGAGGGGCGCUAUUUCAAAGUCGAGCCUGAGCGAGUGAAAACCCAGAUGAUACUGCUCAAUGAUGCCGUUUGGCUAUUUUCCAAGGGACUUACUGAGCUCGGAAUUUUCGAGGAGCUUUCUGCUCCCGAAUUAGAAUGCAGGCGGAAGAAACCAUGGCCAUUUGGCAAACGAAUCAUUGAGUUCAUGAAAGCGCGAUCUGAAGAGACUUCCACGGGACGGAUUGACUUCAAUGAGAAUGGCCAAAGAAGCUUCUUCACCUUACGCUUCAUGGAACUAAAUGCUGGCGGCUUCUUGGAUCUAGCCACUUGGGAUCCGGUGAACGGCUUGGAUGUCCUUAACGACGACGAAGAGAGCGAGAAGAGGGUUGGCCAGAAGCUGUCGAAUAAGACAUUUAUUGUCUCAUCCCGCCUGGGAGCCCCGUUUCUCACGCUGCGAGAGCCGGAGGAAGGAGAAGUCCUGAGUGGAAACUCCCGCUACGAGGGCUAUUCCAUUGACCUCAUCGACGAAAUAGCAAAAAUGCUGAAUUUUAAGUACGAAUUCCGAAUGUCUCCCGAUGGCAAGUACGGGGCUCUGAACAAGGUGACCCAGACAUGGGAUGGCAUCGUGAGACAACUGAUCGAUGGGAACGCCGAUCUCGGCAUCUGUGAUUUGACGAUGACUUCUUCCCGACGCCAGGCCGUGGACUUUACACCUCCUUUCAUGACCUUGGGAAUCAGUAUCCUGUUCUCUAAGCCUCCCACCCCACCCACUGAUCUGUUCUCCUUUCUGUCUCCAUUCUCGUUGGACGUGUGGAUUUACAUGGGAUCUGCGUACCUCUUCAUUUCACUGCUCCUGUUCGCACUGGCUCGAAUGGCGCCCGACGACUGGGAAAACCCGCAUCCCUGCAAGGAGCCCGAAGAGGUGGAGAACAUAUGGUCGAUUAUGAACACCACCUGGCUCUCAAUUGGAUCCUUGAUGGGUCAGGGCUGUGACAUCCUGCCCAAGGCAGCGUCCACCAGAUUGGUAACUGGUAUGUGGUGGUUCUUCGCUUUGAUGAUGCUGAAUUCGUACACGGCCAACUUGGCCGCCUUUUUAACCAAUUCCCGCCAGGCAAACUCGAUCAACAACGCAGAGGACCUGGCGGCCCAGAGCAAGAUUAAGUACGGUGCGAUGGCCGGUGGUUCCACAAUGGGUUUCUUUCGGGACUCCAACUUCAGUACCUACCAGAAGAUGUGGACCGCCAUGGAAAGCGCCAGUCCCUCGGUUUUUACAAAAACCAAUGACGAGGGCGUCGAGAGGGUGCAAAAAGGCAAGAACCUAUACGCUUUCAUGAUGGAAUCUACCACUUUGGAAUACAAUGUGGAGCGCAAGUGCGAUCUGGUGCAAAUCGGUGGCUGGCUGGACUAUAAGAGCUAUGGCAUCGCCAUGCCUUUCAAUUCCCCAUACCGCAAACAGAUCAGCGGGGCAGUCUUAAAGCUGGGCGAACUUGGUCAGCUGGCGGAACUAAAGCGAAAGUGGUGGAAGGAGAUGCACGGCGGCGGCAACUGCGAGAAAAGCGACGAGGAAGGCGGAGACACUCCGGAACUGGGAUUGGAGAACGUGGGCGGUGUCUUUCUGGUACUGGGACUCGGAUUGUUAUCGGCCAUGGUACUCGGAUGCACUGAGUUCCUCUGGAACGUCAAGUCAGUAGCUAUUGAAGAAAAGAUAUCACUUAAAGAUGCUUUUAAAUCUGAGGCUUUGUUUGCGGCCAAAAUUUGGAUAACCACCAAACCUGUGCACACAAGCUCUGGCUCUGGCAGCUCAUCUUCGGCCAGUUCGUCGUCAAGUCGUUCAAAGCAUUCUUCAAAGUCGCAGGGCGUAUCUAUGAAAAGUCUCAAGAGUUCAGGGGAUCAUGACGUAGAGGCAUCGGUACACAGCAAACUGAAGAAAAUCGGUUCCAUGUUCUCACUAAAAUCACAGAAGACAACCACUCCGCCUCCAGAAAUAGGCUGGAAGUUGGACAAGUCAACGCAAAUGGAUGAAUUCCCAACUCCAGAACGCGAGUCCGAGUUGAUCCCAGAGGUAGAGCCAGAGCCAGAGAUAGAACACCCGCGACAUCGACAUCAUCAUCAUCAUCAUCAUCACCAUCGGCAUCAUCACCACCAUCAUGAACAAGAUCAGGAGCAUGAAAAAGAUCCAUCGCCACUUGAUUGAUGUAUUUUGGGUACCAAAUGUAACAAUGAGACAACAUCUUAUCGACCUCCACCCCAAAGACCAUUUGUCUAAUUCAUCAGGGACUAUAAAUAAUGAUUGUUUUCUCAAAAUUACAUGUUAUGACCCUAAAAAAUAAUGGUUUACGCAAA